UCUAUAUGGAGGCUGAGUCUGCUUGAAGUCCACCUAAAAGUAACAACUUUUAGGCUGCAUAAGAGACGAAAAUCUAACGCGAUAUCCUUGUCAUCCAUCAUGGUUGUUUCAGUAAGCGCUGAUAUAAGUUAGGCAUGCCCUAUAGCAUAUAUCAUGUAAACAAGUUUAACAGAUGGUCAGGUCCCUGUCCGUGAAUUAAAGAAUAUAAUAAAAAAACUUCUCGUGACACUUUGAUCGAGAAUGGAAAAAAGGAGCUGUCGUGUCGGCUUCUUAUCAUAACAGUUAAACCCCUCUCUGGUACAAAAUAUGGCAUUUGUACCGUGGCCUAUAAGAUUGGUCAAUGCCUACGUGAUUGUUACGUCCUUGUGGCCGCUACUAACACAAAAGACACAGAUGACACAUAUGGAGGUCGCCAUUAAAAAUGCAGAUGGCUAGGGCGGUACCAAAUACAAAUUAUGUUGAUGUCUCCCUCUACUGAAUGAAAAUAGUGUGGUGUCGGUGGAAGCUGUUACGCUGUGGCGUACGUAUGUUAGUGAGUCGAUCUGGUCCAGUGACUCUCUAGUCUAGGGGCUUCCGGGCAAUACGACAUUUUGAUUUUACAGUUUACCUUGUAUUCGGCAUUGUUAGCUUAGAAGAAACAGGGUUGCCCAGGAGAUUGCGUGACAAUACCUAAUGACAUUUUGAUCAAUGAAUGCGUUUCUACAACCCCUAAACUGUCGCAACUACUGUUGUAAAAAAUGUUUUAUGAACAACCACGCCUUAAAUGAGCUCAGCACGCAAAAGCACUAUUAGGGGCGGAAACCUAACAUAAAUCACACGUGGACAUGUUGUAAGAAUAGAGAAAAUACCAAAGCACACACAGAAUACCGACCAACCUACGUGUUAAGUACCAGGAGAGGCGAGAGGAGUGGCAGAAUGAAGAAUACCGCAUUACGUACAGGUGUGAGCAGCUCUGUUGGGACCAUCUUACUGAUAAGCCUUAUGUGCAUAGCGGCUCCCACAGAUGCACUUCGCUGUUACUCCUGUUCCGGCAUUGGGGGCGCUUGCCAGAAUAAUCCCACAAUCCUUCCCGCCAACGCCUCUCAGACGGACUGUAGUUCAGGCCUGGAUCGCUGUGCGAGUUCCUAUUUCUUGGAUGAUGGCAACAUCACAAGUUUCAGCAGGAGUUGUGCCCUCUCUACUGGUUGCCAGUGUCCGGUGGAAGACGGUACUGGUGUCUGUGUCCUCUGUUGUGAAGGAGACCUCUGUUUGACCAGUACAAGCUCAUCUCCCAACGGUGUUCCUAGUAUCCAGUGGAUCCUCUCUCUUCCCUGGUUCCUCUACAUGUCCGUUUAGAGGGACUCCGUAUACACGGGUCUGAAGGUGAAACUAAAGAGAAGACUUCAUUGAACAGUCGUCAUUGCUAGGGAGAGGAUGCGUAAAUGUGUCUUUAACCAUCAUUGCAUAAUUUCCCUCGUCUGUUGAACCGUUGGUAGGGAAUGAAUGCUUUCUUGAACGAUCAUUUGAGUAGAGAUAGAUACAUGAAGAAAGCAUUAAUAAUCUUUGUGCAGAGGAAAAUAACGUAUCUAAAUUUGGACUGCAACGUUAUAUACUAGUAUUCUAUUAUGUUAUAUGUGCUGGAUAUCAUACAUCGUGAUAUUCACGUUCACAUGUACGUACAGUAAUCUAUACCACCCUUGGAACUGGUGCACCUAUGUAUUAGAGCAUAUUGCCCAAGCAAGCCCCGGAAAUAAAGAAUUUUACAAGUAU